UCCGUUUUUGGACGAACAUUACAUAAGCCAUCUACACCAGGUCACGUGUAUCCCAUGAUGCCGCCCCAUGGAAACAAUGACUUCGUCUGUAGCCCUUUGUAGGCAUCCGACCUAGGGGAAUGCCCGUGAUUUGGCAUAUUGAGGUCGCAAGAUGAGCGGGCAGAAUGGGCAAAAUGCCAGCUUCGAAUCCAACGCAUUGUUGCCUGCGUUGAAAGCGGGCGCUGUGAGCGGAUCUGCUGGUCUUGUUUAUGGCGGUAUUUCUGGAGUUAUUCGAUCACCGCAUCCAGUGAUACAUUCCAUUUCCUGCGGCAUCCACUGGGCUGCCUGCGGAACCUCCUUUUGGUGGUUGAGAAGCAAUAUCUUGAAGCUUCAUUAUGAAGACCAGGCCUCCCCGAAACAGCGGGCUUAUGUCAGCGCUCUUUCUGGUGGGAUUUCUGGCGGAGCAGUAACCAGACUCAUGGGAGGCCGAUUGAUUCCAGGGGUCGUCGUCUUUUCGAUACUAGGCUAUCUUGGGCAAAGCUCUUAUAAUGCGAUCGACACCUGGCAAAUGGAGCAUGCAAAUACCCCAACGAAACCGAUUCUACAACGAAUGGCCGAGUCCAAAUGGAUUCCGCUCAAAUCGCUUUCUGAUGAUGACUACAGGGGAAUGUUGAGUGAAAAGCUACUCAGUAUCGAGGCUGACAUUGCCAUCAUUGAUGAGAAAAUCGAUCUGCUCGAGCAGCAAAAGUCCGGUGGAAUGGAAGCUUCGAAACCCGCCGAAAAGUGACUACAGAUAAUAGCGCCGCCUUGAUUUGUUUUGACAGGAGAGCCAGCCGGUUUAGGCCAGAUGAAGGGGCUUGCCUUCUUUCUCCUCUCUCCACCGUGCCAUCCCACCAGCAGCACUGCAGUGGGAGGGAGCGCCGUCGAGACGGAAUAUAUCACAGGCAACCGGGCCAAUGAGAGUGUGCAGGAAGCCUCUUGAAACUGGUAUUGUC